AGUUCGCACAGAGUGCUGAUAGCACGCGCAGCACAGGAGUGGCGCUCACGAGCUCUUUACCAGCGUCCGGUCAGUCGGUGUCACUCUGGAGAGGUAGUGCAAUCCUCGGCAGUGUUCUGAGACUGCACUAACUGCUCCGGUCAUUACUGGAAAUGUCAUGAGAUUACGGAGGAGAAAUAACAAAAUAAAGGCAUCUGUGAGAAAAUACGCGUUUAAAGUUUUUCUUUUUUGGAAAAGUUAAGUGAAUUCGUUGUCUUCAGCAUAGGCGCAUCAUGACAGCCGACAGAGAGAAAAAAAGGCACCCUUCAGAAAGGCGCAAGGAAAAGUCUCGUGAUGCAGCACGCUGCAGGCGCAGUAAAGAGACAGAGGUGUUCUAUGAGCUGGCCCAUCAGCUGCCGUUACCCCACAGCAUCAGCUCGCACCUGGACAAAGCCUCCAUCAUGAGACUAGCUAUCAGCUUCCUGCGCACACGCAAACUCUUCAACUCAGGCCGCACAGUCCAACAAUCCCGGUACCAGUAUGACAGCCAGAUGGACAGUUUAUAUUUGAAGUCUCUGGAAGGCUUUGUUGCUGUGGUAACAUCAGACGGGGACAUGAUAUUCCUUUCAGAAAACGUCAGUAAAUUUAUGGGACUUACGCAGGUGGAACUGACAGGCCACAGCAUCUUUGACUUCACACACCCCUGCGAUCAUGAAGAAAUCAGAGAGAAUCUCAACGUCAAAUCAGGACCUGUGUAUGGCAGGAGAGGUAAAGACAUGAGCACGGGCAGAGAUUUCUUUAUGAGGAUGAAGUGUACGGUCACCAACAGAGGUCGCACUGUCAACCUUAAAUCAGCCAGCUGGAAGGUGCUGCAUUGCACGGGGCAUCUGCAAGUGUGCAGCAGCCGGCCACCUCAAGUCCUGUGUGGGUUCUCGGAGCCACCCCUCACAUGCGUCACUAUGCUGUGUGCGCCAAUCCCACACCCCUCUAAUGUCGACACACCUCUCGACAGCAAGACGUUCAUGAGCAGACACAGUAUGGACAUGAAGUUUAUCUACUGCGAUGAGAGAGUCAGCAGCCUGAUCGGAUACAGACCAGAGGAACUUCUUGGCCGUUCGGUGUAUGAGUUCUGCCAUGCUUUGGACUCUGAAAGCAUGACAAAGAGCCACCAAAAUCUUUGUAAUAAGGGGCAAGUGGUGAGUGGCCAGUACAGAAUGCUAGCCAAGCACGGGGGCUACGUUUGGGUGGAGACCCAGGCAACCGUCAUCUACAACAAUCGCAACUCCCAACCACAGUGCAUCAUCUGCAUCAAUUACGUCCUGAGUUCUGUUGAGGAGCAGUCCCUCAUCUUCUCGCUGGAUCAGACGGAGGCUCUUUUCAAGCCCUACCACAUGCGUAGCAUGGGAGAACUGUUCAGCCAGGGUGGAGCUUCCUCUGUUUCAGAAGCUCAGGACAAUCUUUUCACUAAACUCAAGGAGGAGCCUGAGGAGUUAGCUCAGUUAGCGCCCAUGCCAGGAGACGCCAUCAUUGCCCUGGACUUUGAAAGGCCAGAGUUUGAAGAGCUGACUUACUUCUCCAAGUCCACCAAGCUUCCGUCUUGGGUUGUGGACACACCCCCUGAGGGCAGUCCUGAUAGAAAGCUGUCCAGCAUACCCUCCACCUUCAGCGUACCCCAGGCACCUCCUGUGGGCAAGUGCACACCCUGUACCACACCCUGCUUGAGUGGCUGCAGCAGUUGUUCUACACCUAGCAGUCCAGUAGAUUACUGUGGCAGUGGAGAGUGUGAUCUGAAGGUGGAGCUGACAGAGAAGCUAUUUACUCCUGAAUCUGUAGCAACAAAUCCCACAGACACCCAGUUGGACCUGAGCAAUCUGGACCUGGAAACUCUUGCUCCAUAUAUCCCAAUGGACGGUGAAGACUUCCAGCUGCACCCCAUUUGUCUGGAGGAGCCUGUGCCUGACACAAGUCCAGGCCUGAGCACAGCCCUCCAGCACAGCUUCAGCAGUGUAGCUGACCUCUUCCAGCCCCUGAGUCCAUUCCCUCCUGACAACAAGAGCAGUCCUAACACGUGUCCAGACACGGCUCAUGUGCAGCCUUACCAAACUGCAACAAACGUCCCACUCUCUUCUGAGGAGGGUAGACAGAAUCUUCAGUGGCCCCCUGACCCACCCUCACAGUACGAACGCACAGAUAUCGGAUGCGUGGAUGACAGAAACACAACAGAUCCAAGACAAACAUGCAGUUUCACUGCUGCACUGCCACAGCAAAGGUUUUUUGAGAGCUUUGCCCCUGUACAGAAAGACAUAAGUGUGGGGCAGAUCGCUCUCUUUCACAACUUAAAACGGAAGCGGCCAUCAGAGUUCAGUUCGUCGUACUCUUUCUCCGAUAUUCCAAAGGUGGUACCCCCUCACAAGUCUGCAGAUGGAAUGCAAAAAAGGAUGAAGACGAUGAACGUCGACAGCUGCGCCUUCUCUGUCAGAAAGUCUCUCAGCACGAGUGUGCUCACGGAUAAAUUUCCAUGCAUGCAAAAUGGAUUGGUUUCUCGUCACGGUUGCAGUCAAUCUCUCAAAGGGACCUCAGAUGACCUUAAACAUCAUUUCACAGAGUCAUUCUGCUCUCCCAGUAACAGACAAUACCACAUGAUGCCUUCACACAAACACUCAGGCAUGAUAAGUCAACUGUUGGGCCCAUCCUUUGACUCAUACUGUCUGCCAGAGCUGACACGAUAUGACUGCGAGGUAAACGUGCCUCUGCAGGGAAACUUGCAUCUGCUUCAGGGCAGUGACCUUCUGAGAGCCUUGGACCAGACCAAGUAGAGCUUCUUCAGUGAUCCAUUCAUCCCAAUUUUGUCUAUAUAUGCUUUUGUCUUGUACGCAUGUAUUAUCAGCCUUUAUUUCGACCUAUUUGUACAUUCUCCUUUAACAUCUGUGUGAUAUUUUAAUAUAUAUUUGAAAAAUCAGAUUGUUACUUGUUUAGAAUGUGUUGGGACGUUCCACGUUCUGUGCUACUAUCUUAGACUCUAAUAUUGUCUUGUGCCUUCAGAUGCUAAGUGUUCUUAACAUUUAUGGUCAGAUUUACCAGAUUCACUGUUGCAGAAUUUACUAUGUAUAUGAAUAUCAACUAACCAGAGCAUAUACAAAAUAUAAUAUUAUAUAUAGUUUAAAUGGUAGUUUAAUUUGUAACUUAUUCAUGGAGCUUGGUAUACAAAUACUGUGUUUGUAUAAAUCAAAGAGAGUUAAAUGUUUUGCAAAAACUAUUGCCUUAUAUAUAAGCUUUGUACCUGGAACAAAUGUGGUGUAAAACUGUGUCGCUCGCUAUUAGUAGUGGAAUCUUAUGCCUCAGCUUUCCCCUACAUUCCCCUCAACACAAUCAUAAUGACAAAAAUGCUGUAUUAAAUGUAUAAUUAGUAUAAUUAAAUAGUCAUGUAAAGCACUUUAUUUUAAAAGAUGCUAAUGGAAGACCAAAAUGAAAACACCCCAGUAUAGUGGUGUCCUGGCCAACUUCUCAGCCCCACCAAACACUAACCAUUCUCUAAAAUAUCUCUCAUCUUCUUUCUUUGAAAACUGAACUGUAAAUUCAGAUAUUAUAUUCUUAUACAAACAUAUCUAUUGUGUCUAAAUUAGGUCAGAGUUCUAUGCUCUGGAUCUCUGUACACGCAAAAAAUGUUUGUAUUUGGUGUUCAAAAGUGCCUUGGUACUCGGUCUUGUCUACCUAUCAGUAGACAGAGAUGAAUCUGUAGCUUUCUCAUUUACAGUGUAUGUGUAUAUAUAUAUAUAUAUAUAUAUAUAUAUAUAUAUAUAUAUAUAUAUAUAUAUAUAUAGUAGUUUAAGGUUAUUAGAUUUUGUAUUUUGUGUAUCACCUUCUUGUGAUACUCUGGGGUUUCUGUGUGUUUCUUAACAAAAUAUAUAAAGCUAAUUUUAUCCUAUAGCUUUUGAGAGAGUCUGUGGUUGUUUAUUCUCAGGAUAGUCAUUUAAAGUAACAAGCAUUUGUAUUCCAGUCUUUCUUUGUAGCAUUAAAAGAUAUGAAAGAUUGCAUUAUGUCCAAAGCAAAUUAAAACCUAAAUGGUGCUACUUGCAAA